AUGCCUCCUCCAGAGUCCCGUUCCGAGCUUUCGCCCUCGCCAUGCCUCCGCCAGAGUCCCGCUCUUGAUCUGCCCCAUCGUUCUGGCUCACACUCGAUCCGCCAUCACUGCAGAACACAAUCUAUGCGUUCAGCUCCCGCCACAUGGUUGCCAGUUGCGACCCAGCGCCUUCUCAACUCCUUGGAUGCAGAAUACACCAAAACACAAUUUGAAACUGUGGCUUCUUCAGAAUCCUUGCCUCAUUUUCUGGUUGAACCAGAGGAUGUGUACAUUGUAAAAAACAAACCUGUCACCUUGAUCUGCAAAGCAACACCAGCCACACAGAUUUACUUUAAGUGCAAUGGUGAAUGGGUGCAUCAGAUGAACCAUGUAACAGAAGAGACCAUAGAUAAAAUUACAGGACUCCCAGUACUACAAGUUCGAACUGAUAUUUCACGGCAACAAGUAGAGAAGAUGUUUGGCUUAGAAGAAUAUUGGUGCCAAUGUGUGGCCUGGAGUACCACAGGCACUACUAAAAGCCAGAAGGCUUUUGUCCGCAUUGCAUAUCUACGGAAGAAUUUUGAACAAGAACCAUUAGGGAAAGAAGUUCCAUUGGACCAAGAGGUUUUGCUCCAUUGUCGACCUCCAGAGGGUAUUCCAUCAGCAAAAGUGGAAUGGUUGAAGAAUGAAGAAGUGAUUGAUCCAACUCUAGAUCCUAACUUUUACAUCACCAUGGACCAUAAUUUGAUCAUCAAAGAAGCUCGUCUGUCUGACACAGCAAAUUACACGUGUGUGGCAAAGAAUAUAGUUGCCAGACGGAGAAGUGCAACUGCAGCUAUAACAACAUAUGUAAAUGGUGGCUGGUCUACUUGGUCGGAGUGGGAGUCCUGCAGCACUACCUGUGGUAAAGGAUGGCAGAAAAGGACACGCACCUGUACCAGCCCCAGCCCUCAGAAUGGUGGGUCAUUCUGUGAUGGACAGAACAGUCAAAAAAUUGCCUGUACCAUCUUAUGCCCAGUAGAUGGAAGUUGGACUGAAUGGAGCAAAUGGUCAGCAUGUGGAACAGAAUGCACACAUUGGAGAAAUAGAGAAUGUUCGGAACCAGCACCAAGAAACGGUGGGAAGGAAUGUGAUGGACUUGUUAUGGAGUCAGAAAAUUGCACAAAUGGUUUAUGUCCACAAGCUUCAACAGUACCUGGUGAUGUUGCACUGUACACCGGUGUUGUGGCCGUAGCCGUAUGUCUAACCUUACUGCUGGUUGUGGUAAUCCUCGUAUAUCGGAAAAAACAGCAAGAUUUUGAUUCUGAUGUAACUGACUCUUCAAUUUUAACAACAGGAUUUCAACCUGUGAACAUUAAAACACCAAAACAAGAUAACUCCCAUUUGCUUACAAUUCAGCCUGACCUCACAAGCACAUCAGCAUACCAAGGCUCAAUCCGUUCACGACAGGAUAUCUCCGACAAGAUUCCAAUGACUAACUCUCCCCUUCUGGACCGACUUGCAAAUGAAAGAAAUACAUUACGCAAUGGUACAGUACAUUCUGACACUUCAAACCUUAUGGCAAGACUCUCAAUGCAGAUGAACAACAAAUCAUUAUUGAGGGAUGCUUCAAAUACCGCAUUUGGAACAUUUAAUUUUUUAGGUGGCCGCCUUACCAUUCCAAACAGAGGGAUUAGUUUACUGAUUCCACCAGAAGCUAUUCCUCGAGGCAAGAUCUAUGAACUAUAUCUUACAGUUCACAAAAAAGAAGAUUUGAGGUUACCUCUAGCAGGAUGCCAGACCCUGCUCAGUCCAGUUGUAAGCUGUGGGCCUCCAGGUGUCCUGCUCACUGGGCCAGUCAUCCUUAGCAUUCAACAUUGUGCAGAAGGAAAUCUGGAGAACUGGUCUAUAAAGCUGAAGAAACAAUCGCCUCAAGGAAACUGGGAGGAAGUGUUACAUCUAGGGAAAGAAAUUCCUUCCAAUCCUUAUUAUUGCCAGCUUGAUGGUCAAAUGUCCCAUAUAUUUACUGAGACACUGGGCAAAUACACCCUAGUUGGUGAAUCACUGAAUGUGACUGCAGCAAAGCGCCUGAGGCUAGUUCUGUUUGCACCAGGAAUAUGUACAUCACUGGAGUAUAGCAUACGGAUCUAUUGUCUGGAAGAUACUCAAAACGCAUUUAAGGAAGUGAUGCAACUGGAGAAACACCUUGGAGGGCAACUGUUAGAUGAGCCGAAGGUUCUUCACUUUAAAGACAGCUAUCAUAACUUACGACUUUCUAUACAUGAUAUCCAAAAAUCUCUCUGGACAAGUAAGCUGCUGGACAGCUAUCAGGAAAUUCCAUUUUAUCACAUUUGGAAUGGCUGUCAAAGAAACCUGCAUUGUACCUUCACUCUUGAACGGUACAGUCUGUCCACAACUGAACUCAAUGGUAAAAUUUGGGUUUGGCAAGUUGAAGGAGAAGGGCAAAGUUUUCACAUUCAUUUCAACUUUCUGAAGGAUGUGAAGCAGGCAGACUUUCAAUAUAUGGAGCCAAACCAUUGUGGCACAUCUUUAGCAGGACCUUGUGCUUUUAAAAUUCCUUAUCUGAUCCGACAGAAGAUUUGUAGCAGUCUGGAUAUUCCAAAUUCAAGAGGAAGUGACUGGAGAAUGCUGGCAUAUAAAUUGAAAUUAGACCGAUAUCUCACUUACUUUGCAUCUAAAGCUAGUCCGACCUCCGUGAUUCUUGAUUUAUGGGAAGCUCAGCACUUUCAUAAUGGCAACCUGAACCAUCUUGCCAUGAUCAUGGCAGAAAUGGGAAAGCAAGAACCAAUGAUAUUUGUUGUAUCAGAAGCAGAAUGCUGA